AUGAGACAACCGCUACGUGUGGUUGGCACUACAAGACGGGAGCUGGCUACGAGUACGGCUAUGUAUUACCAGAUGGAGACCAAAGACCGUGUACGAAAUUCUGCAGGCAGCGAGAAGACAGACGAGAAGAUUGUUGGCUUGCAUUCCGAAUGGAUGUUUGCGAAGCAAGCUCUCUACCCGAGAACAAGUGAAGAACAUCAACUGAAAACGGCAACCCGGCACACCUAUGCGACAGCGCAG